AUGGAAGAACUUGACAAAUAUGACCCAAAGAUAGGGGAGUACUUCAAUGAAGUCGAUUUCGAAAAAUGGGCAACAGUCCAUCCCGCAAGUAAUAGGUAUUCAACAAUGACUUCCAACAUUGCCGAGUCCUUAAAUGCAACAAACGUAGCUGCAAGAGAACUACCCAUAACGACGAUGCUCGAGUUUCUACGUUCGCUUGUGCAAAAAUGGUCUAAUGCAAACAAAAUUUGUGCAAGAUCAUUAAAGACAGAUAUGACAAGGGUGGAUGAAGAAAUAUUGAUUGAAAACUACAUUCGAUCUCUGCAUCUGACGGUCACACCUGCAGCUGACAAUUUAUAUACUAUCACAAAAACAAAAACUCUCUUCUCAGUGGAUUUGGAACAAGAAAAAUGCUGUUACAGAAGAUUCCAAACAGAUAAAGAGACGUACAUCAACACAUACGACAGCGCUGUCUAUCUAAUGACAAAUAAGUCAACAUGGAAUACACCUCAAGAAGUAAUUGAUGUAAUCGUGCUGCCUCCUGAAUCAAGAACAAAGUUUGGGAGACCGAAGAAGAAACGCAUAUUGGCGGGACAUGAAAAAGGUUGA